CCCCCCCAAACCCUACAUAGCCCGGCUUACCCCUCCGUUUGCGCCUCCAUCCUCCGCGCCCUCUUCCACUCGCGCCGCCGCUCGUCCCCGCGUCCGAGCCUGCUGUUUAGGAAGGUCGCGCUCGCAUCGCACGUUUGAAGAAGAAACCGACCGGCACUCAGGGAGAGAGAGGGAGGCCCGGCGACGAUGGCGGAAGACCGCAGCUGGAUGUACACGGGCCGCCAGAGCAGGAAGAAGUUCACCCCCGAGUGGUUGGAGAAGACGACCGAGUUCGUGGAGCGCGCCUUCCGCAUCCUCCCGCCGAGGCGCCAGGCCGUCGUGCUGUGCCCCUGCGCUCGCUGCGAGUUCAGGCUGUACAGAUCGAAGGACGAGAUUCAGCUGCAUCUGUUCAAGAACGGGUUCGCGCCAGGGUACACGGUGUGGGUGUACCACGGCGAGCGACGCAACCCCCAGCCUGCUAAGCCGUCCGACGACCGCCCCAAAGAGAAUGGCGAUCUCAGCGGGAAGAAGGAUGGCGCCGGCGGCGGCGAGCAAGCGUCGAAAUCAGCGCAGGGGACCAAGAAGUGGGCGUGUGCAAGAGGAAAGCCACCAAAGAAGAAUCAACUGUGGGCGCGGGCUGCCGCGCAGGGAGAGGGAGGCCCCGCGACGAUGGCGGAAGACCGCAACUGGAUGUACACGGGCCGCCAGAGCAGGGACUCGAUCACCCCCGAGUGGGUGGAGAAGACGACCGAGUUCGUGGAGCGCGCCUUCCGCGGCGUCCCGCCGGAGCGCCUGGGCGUGGGCAUGCUGUGCCCCUGCGCGCGCUGCCGCAACCGCAACAGGCGGCCGAGGACCAAGUACGCCAUGCAGCUGGAUCUGGGCAGGAACGGCUUCAUGCCAGGGUACACGGUGUGGGUGCACCACGGCGAGGGCCACAACCCCCAGCCGGCGAAGCCAUCCGACGACCACCCCGAAGAGAAUCUUGAUGGCGCCGGUGGUGGCGAGCAAGUGUCGAAGCCGCAGGGGACUGAGGAGUGGGAAAUGCCCUUGCUUGAGGCGUAUGCAAGAAGCAAGCUACCAAAAGAGGAUCAAAUUAAGUGGAGCUACCAGAAAUACCUGUGGGAGCAAGAGAAAACCAAGCAGCACCAGCAACAGAGUGCACCAAAGGCAAAGAGGCUGCGCACCUCUGGUUCGUCCGCUGCCAAGCCCGCUGAGGAGGAAGGGCGCAAUGUCAGCGUCCCGGAGCCUGAACUUGAAGAUACAGCAACGUCAACAGCUAAUCCGGCAACGGCAGACAACGCGUGUGGAGUUCAAAUCCCAGCUGGACGGAAUUCCGUGUAACGACUACCUCCUUUAGCUCCUCAUGUACUUGGCGGUUAAGAAAUGGGCGGCUUAAUCAGCUAGUUAAUCUUCUUCUAGAUCUCUCCUGCCGGCGUAGUUUUGGGCCUACUGAUGGUCGUCGGCAUGCCUCGGCUGUAAGCGUGGUGUACUGCACUUUCAGUAGUUUAAUUUGCUUCCAGAGAAUUUCUUUGUUUCCUCAUGGAUGACAUACAAUGCCCCAUAGUUCGCUGGAAUGUGCGCGGCCUGAACUCGCUGGUAAAGCGGUCGGCAAUCCGUGAGGUCGCCGGCGCCCGUAGAAAAGCGAUCCUUUGCCUGCGAGACAAGAAAAUUGAAACGUGGGAUCGACAGUUUGUU